UCGAGACGACGAUUUGUCCAGGGUUUUUUCUGCUUAGCUCCCCGCGCCCUCCCGCGUCAAUAGACCGAGUGAACAUUGAGCAGCGGACCAGUUAUCGCAUCCAAUACCAUCCCCCCAUCAGACAGAACGUUUUCUUCUUUCGACCGAUUUGGACGUGCGCCGCGAGACGUCUUCCAUAGGUGUUCGCGGAUUUUUUUUUUCUUCUGUGCUAAGUGUAAUUGGUAAAAGUGUUUAGUGUUCCAGUGAUUUGCGUGUCGCGUUAUUAGUAGUUUUAUUUUCAACUUCGUCUGCUACUGUAGUUUUUGAGCAACAGACCUAUACGAAGCCGGAAAUACGGAUUAGCGCAGAGGGACAGAAAGAAUAAUAUUCUGUGUAGUUAUUUUCCACCAUCGUCGUCUAGGGGUGGUUCCUUCCUUUUGCGCUCAGUGAGUGUCCUUUUGUGUGCUUUGGUGUCAUUCCUUUGGGCGAGGAAAGAUUCGCAGGGCGUUUGUGGGCCGCACCAUUCCAUCGAAUUCGUGUCCGUCUCGUCGCCGAAGGAGAGUGGAAUAAAGAUCGAAACGUGAUACCAGUAAUUUAAUGCAUCAUACUGGAGGUGUGAGGCAGAGUUCUUCCUUCUCAACAGUGAACGAAACCGGGGCGCCAAUCUUAGCGCCAUGGUGGACAAACCCAAAGGCGAGCUCGGAGGCGACGAGAUAGUGCAUCCGUCACCGACGAUCAGCAAGGGAACGACCGAAUGCGGAAGUCCUCCGAGUGUGGUCUACCUCACGGAGACGUUCUACAUCAGCUCCAAAAAGAACACGGUCUUUGAGGUGCGCCUCACCGAUAAAGGAUUAAGUUUGAAGAAGCAAAGUAACGGAUCCACCAAGGAGCAAACCAUUCCGUUGAAAGAUAUCAUCGGUUGUCGCUGUCUCAGAAGCAAACGCAAAACGAAAGGAAACUCUGCGUGCACUUGUACAUCGAUAUCGGGGAACGCUCAGCUUAAGGUUGUCGAGGACAACUCCGGAGAGCAGGAUGAAUCGGACGUCAGUGCCUAUCUGUAUAUCUACGCUUACAUUUUGAAGCGGAAUAGGCGUGGAGGAUUCCGGGAGCGGACGACCAUUACGUUGCGUUUCCGGUCUUUCGACAAGUACGAGGAUAACAACAAGGAGGCGCAAAAAUGGCGUGCCUCGAUCAAGUAUCUGAUCGUGGGCGAAAACCCAAUCAGGCCUACAUAUCACGCGAAGGAUACUCGGAAGCUGCUGGUGAUAUUGAAUCCGAAAUCGGGAUCGGGAAAAGCGCGGGAAAUGUUUCAGCAACGGGUAGUGCCGGUGCUAUCGGAGGCGGAAAUUUCCUAUGAUUUGCAUAUAACGAAGAAAUCCGACUGGGCUAGGGAAUUUGUGCGUAACCGGGAUGUGUAUCUGUGGCGGGGGAUUGUGGUCGUGGGAGGGGAUGGUAUCUUUUACGAAGUGCUCAAUGGAUUGUUCGAGAGGGAAGACUGGCAGACGGCGAUCGAGGAGCUGGCCAUCGGGAUUAUACCGUGCGGUUCCGGCAACGGGCUGGCGAAAACUAUAGCACAUUUGUAUGAGUGA